UUAGAAAACGAAUAAGGAAGCCCAGCGAUAACAGUAAAAACAUCACCGCAACAAACCAUACUUUCUCUCUAAUACCCAAAGACAAUAUUUGAUGUAAUGGAGGUCCCUGGACCAGACAGCGACUGGAGAAGCCCACAGUUCCGACAAAAAAAUGUCGCACAGAUAGAGGAUGCGAUGAGAAUGGCUGGGACUCCACACUCAAAGUCCAGCACUGACAUGGAGAAUCAUGCUUACGUCAAAGCCAAAUCCCGUGAGGAAUACUUGUCUCUGGUUGCACGUUUGAUAAUACACUUCAGAGACAUUCACAAGAAGGCUCUUGGCGGUCCAGGUGAAUAGGCGCAUUUUCCAUCUCUUUGGCCGGGAUCUGUCUAUUGGUGCCAUAAGAACAGACCAUUUUGAAAGAGGCAGCCCACUUGCCCAAAUUAAUAAUUAUGACUCAAUCAAGAUUUUUGAUAGACGAUUGCCACCUCCCCUCCCUAACCACCAGUUAUGUUUUGUUAAAUUACUCACAGCUGUAAGAAUUACAGGCCACUCGUUACUGGUCCCUGGGCCACCCAUCCAUAAACAGACUUCUCCUGUGGCCUUUGAUUCCAUGUCUUAUAGGCUUGCAUCGCCUGGACUGGAUCUUAUGUAUUUGUUUUACAUUGUGUUUUUGUGUCAUCGUGCUAAACUCCCCAGAUUAAAUGAUUUUUUCUCUAUCUGUCAUUGAUCAAAUGCUAUUUUUCACUCCAAUUCCUCAACACAUAUUGGUUUCCACUUUGAUAUUUUUUCAUUUGAUGAAAAGGGAUAGAUGGGAUGCAAUGUAAAUUGUGUUAUUGCAUUUAACUCGAUAUUGUUCUUGACUGAACUUCAUCUUAUUCUUUAAACUAUGAUGUUUCCAGAUGUCAAUACAGAACCUGCUGCAUAAUGAUACCCAGUUGGGAAUGAGAACAUUCUAGUUCGAUUUUUCGAAUCCACAGCAGGCAAGUGUUGAAUAAUGUUUGUUUACAAAUUACCAGCACCCCCAGUUCCUUAAAAUGAAAUGCACGUUUAAAUAACGUCUGAGGAUUACUUUACAACAUGAAUUAUUGCAUGAGCAGGCCUGACCAUUGUGUUGAAUAUUUUAACGAACUGAAUGAAACUUUUUUGUGAAUCCUAAUAAACCUCGUUCCUUUGAAAUACAAAGGCUGAUUA